AAAUCAUUGAUAUGUUUAAUUGUUGGGGGUAAUGACUAACACUUUUUUGCCUAACCCGGCUGUAAUCUGAGCCCUUCCGUUCAUCGCGGGGGUGUCUGUGAUUGGCUGAUUUUACCCCAGCACUUGGCGCGCUCUUUGCAACAGCGUGAGCCCUCCAGCAAGAACAGCGGCUAUCGUACUGCACACUACUCGUCUGCUUCAAGAUGGCAGAUGGACCUAUACAGUUCCCAUUUCCAUACCAACCAUACUCCAUCCAGAAGCAGUUCAUGGAGGCUUUGUACACUGCAUUAGAUGAAGGAAAGGUUGGCAUUUUUGAGAGCCCUACUGGAACAGGGAAGUCUCUCAGUCUGAUCUGUGGUGCCCUCACCUGGUUGAGGGACUACGAGGAGAGAAAGAGGCAGGAGACAGCUCGCCUGCUAGAGUCUGGGGACCUUGCUACAGACAGCUCUGCAGGGAGCCAACAGGCUUCCCAGAGCCAGGAGAGCUCAGACUCUGCAGAGCCCAACUGGAUCACAGACUUCGUGCAGAAGAAGGCGGAGAGAGAUCUGGUCAGCAAAUUAAAGGAGGAUGAGUUGAAGAGGAAGAGAAGGGAAGAACGUUUGGAGUUGAUGCGACGUAACACUAAGCUCAAAUACACAAUGAAACGCAAGCAAGACAGUGAGGAUGAAGAGGCAGUUCGCCUGCUGAAGCUCAGUAAGGAGGCCUUGACUGCGGAGGGUGGUGACGUCCUUGAAGAAGGGGAAGAAGAGGUGAUUGUGGCCGUCUAUGAGAGCGACGAUGAUAAUGCAGUGCCGAAGAGAAGCUGUUUAGAUGAGGACGAUGAUGAUUUGGAAGAAGACCACGUGACCAAGAUUUAUUACUGCAGCCGUACCCACUCUCAGCUAGCCCAGUUUGUUCAAGAAGUUCAGAAGAGCGCAUUCGCCAGCGAUAUCCGACUGGUGUCGCUAGCCUCUCGGCAGAAUCUCUGCAUCAAUGAAGAUGUUCGCAGACUGAGCAGUGUCCAGCUUAUCAAUGAUCGUUGCAUGGAGAUGCAGAAGAACAAGCACGAGAAGACGGAGAAGGUCCAGGAGCCCAAGAGGAGGCGGGGAGCGGCCAAGCCAGUGUGCCCGUUCUCAGGCUACGAGGCCUUGCAGGCGCUGCGCGAUGAGAUUCUGGUAAAGGUGCAGGACAUUGAGCAGCUGGCGGCCCUGGGGAAGGAGACCAAGGCCUGUCCUUACUAUGGAGGCCGCCUGGCCAUCCCUGCUGCACAGCUGGUGGUGCUGCCCUAUCAGACGCUGCUGCAUGAGUCAACGCGCCGGGCUUCUGGGAUCAAACUAAAGGACCAGGUUGUGAUAAUUGAUGAGGCCCACAACCUCAUUGACACCAUCACCUGCAUCUACAGCUCGGAGGUCACAGGCGCGCAGCUCUGCUGUGCUCAUUCUCAGCUGACCCAGUAUAUGGAGCGUUACAGAAAUCGUUUGAAAGCCAAAAACUUGAUGUACAUCAAACAGAUCUUGUUUGUCGUGGAAGGUCUGGUUCGAAUGCUGGGAGGGAAGACAGGGCAAAACCCAAACACACAGACAACACCCGCAGGAACAGAGUUGCAGACUAUUAACAACUUCCUGUGUAAAGCACAGAUUGAUAAUAUUAACCUCUUCAAGGUGCGUCGAUACUAUGAAAAAAGCAUGAUCAGUAGAAAGCUGUUUGGCUUUGUGGAAAAGUAUCAAGGUUCUGGGUUGAACUUAUCUAACAAGGAGAACUGUAAGACAGAAGGCCUGGAGGGAUUUUUGCAGACCCUGCCGAAGGGCCAGAGACACACAGCACCAGUACCAGAUGAGAACAGCGUGGCAGAUAACGGGCAGCCAAUCAUGACUUCUCCCAUGAUGCAAUUAGAGGGAUUCCUAUUUGCUUUGACCAAUGCCAACAAAGAUGGAAGGGUUGUGAUACACAAACAAGGUGUGCUGGCACAGAGCAGUGUGAAGUUCCUCCUGCUGAACCCUGCCAUCCACUUCGCUGCGGUACUGAGAGACUGCAGAGCUGUCAUCGUUGCGGGAGGCACCAUGCAGCCAGUGUCAGACUUUAAGGAGCAGCUGUUGCUCUCCGCUGGCGUGAGACCAGAACGCAUUAUGGAAUUCUCUUGUGGUCAUGUGAUUCCUCCCCAGAAUAUCUUACCUUUAAUUCUGUGCAAAGGACCUUCAGGACAGGAGCUGGAGUUUACCUUUCAGAACCGAGAAAAGUCACACAUGAUGGAUGAGACUGGGCGAGUCCUCUCCAACUUGUGCAAUGUGGUGCCUGGGGGUGUGAUCUGCUUCUUCCCUUCCUAUGAGUACGAGAGGUGUGUAUACUCCCACUGGGAGAAGACCGGCCUUCUUGAACGUCUGUCAGCCAAGAAGAGGAUUUUCCAGGAACCUAAGAAAGCCAGUCAGGUGGAGCAAGUGCUGUCUGAAUACUCCAGGUGCAUCCAGCGCUGCAGCCAAGCUGAAGGACCCCUGUCGGGAGCCCUGCUUCUGUCUGUCGUGGGGGGGAAGAUGAGCGAGGGGAUUAACUUUUCAGAUGAUCUCGGCAGGUGUGUUGUAAUGGUAGGAAUGCCAUACCCCAAUAUCAAGUCUCCAGAACUUCAGGAAAAGAUGGACUAUUUGGACAAAAACAUGCCGCAGGUGAAAGGCAGGACUCCUGGAAAGGCACUGAUUGAGAAUCUCUGCAUGAAAGCUGUGAAUCAGUCUAUAGGAAGGGCUAUCCGUCACCGUGGUGACUACGCCAGCAUUGUGCUUCUGGACCAGCGCUACUCCAGGCCGGCCAUCAUGGCCAAACUGCCCAACUGGAUCAGGACCAGCACCCAGGUGCAGCCCACCUUUGGACCUGCCUUCGCCAGCAUCAGGAAGUUCUUCAUGCAAAAGAAGCAGCAGCAUGGACUGUAGCCCUCCCAAUCCAACAUGUGCAAGAGCCAGCACUUCUGAACACCAGGCUACCAACAGGACAAAAACAAUUUAACGGUCAUCAAGCCUGAAGCCCUCAGAGCCGGGAACAGGUCAAGAGUGAUCUCAGGCUCAGGAGAACAGAGGAUUCAUUAAGAGCUGAUGGAAAUUACUACCACUUUUCAGUGUUAAAGUGAAAUGCUUAAGAUUUUGAGGGAGACUUCUCUUUUCCAGGUUACAGCCUCAGAAGGGUUGUGUCAUGGGUGUCAGGGACAGAGGUCUACAUGCACUUUAAUGCUCUGACACUUUUUCUUUUGAGUUACCUACUCAUCUCUAAACUCGAUCCUGCCUGAAGUAGUUUGUUUUUCUGUAUUUUGAUACUUUAAAAUUAAUGAAAGGUAAUGACAGAAAAGAAGCAAUUGAAUGUAAAGUAUGUACAUGUAAUGUUACAUUAAUUUAAAGAAAUCUUGUUUGUAAAACAUUUUCAUUUUUCAUAUUUAUAAUGCUUAUAUGUUCCAAUGGUAUGUGGAAAAAUAACUAAGGUUCUCAGGUUACAUACAGUAUAUAUAUUCAGUCCGGGUCCUGCAUAUUUUCUAGGUCUCUCCUAGGUUUUUUACUGGACCAAUUUAGCCAGACCAAAUUAUAACUGGACUGUUUUAGAAAUAUCUUGCAGCUGCAAGAAGUUUGCAAAAAAUAAUGACUUCAUUAAGGUUACAAGUCAAGUGUGAAUGAAAACCUAGUAACACACCAACUGUCCACUUCAAGUGUUGACUGAUUGGAUUUAGUUGAAAGGAUUAGCUUAAUUAUUUAAAUGUUUAUUUUGUUAUCUUUUGUAAAGUGUGUUCAUGUUAUUGAUGCACAGUUAUUUUGCGGUCUUUAAUUGCUGAUCUUUGGUAAAUCUAAAAUAUAGUACAUCAUCAUUUUUUUCUUUACACAUUCUGAAGAAACAAGUAGAGGGGAAAAAUGAAGAAUGCCACAGAGACAUAAGUUAUUCUGAAAUGUGACACAUCAUCCAUGUACAGUAAUAAUACAAUUUUGUUCUAGCACCUCUGCUUCUGUUGCAUCUUCUGAAUACAUUGAUCUUAAAAUCUGAAUGGAGGUUGUUUCUGUUGAAGUAAUCAGUUUUGCACAGAAAAGAGGCCACAUACAGUCUUAGAGAUAAAAACAUGAACCAUAAAAAAUAAUGUUUAAACCACACAACAUAUUUAUCUGAGGGCAUUAAUCAAACUUCUAUUUUUGUUAUUUGAGAGCUCCAAUGUUAAUAAGAAUGCACUGGUACAAAAUAUGAAAACGUUUUUGCAAUUUUUACAUUUAUUUUUCCAACACUGACAUUUUACAUCAGAGAUUUCAUGACAGAUGCAUUACAGGAGUGAGCUCUUGCUGAUGAUAUAAAAAGCCACUUUCUAAAACUAUAUUCUCCUCUUAUUGGGGUUAACCAUACACAUUUAUUGCAGGUUUAUAUUAUGCCUCAAUGAUUCUUUUUUGCGACUAGUGAAUUAACAUUUUCAAGCCCUUAGGCUUAGACAAUUAUCCUUUGAUAUGUUGGAUUUAUAGUAUAGAUCUUCAUUCCCAGUUUUUUGUUUAAUAACUUGAAACCUAUGUACAGUAUUUCAUGCUGAGCAAAAUAAACAGAACUUUGGUUUAA